AUGCAUGGAUUAGAUAAUACUAAUGAAGAUUAAUAUGCUUAUGAUUAUAAAAAUAUUUUCAAAACAGCAAAUGCUUUAUAUAUUAUUAGUACUCUUGACUUAUGGCCAUAAAUAAUGUUACCUGUUUUGAAUGUUUCUAAAUUCUAUGUUUUAUAUUAUAUUCCAUAUUUAGUUUUGUUUUUACUUUUAUUUUCACCUAUACCUAUUGCAGUAUUAUAUAAUGAUUUUACUUAACAUAGAUUAAAUUUAUUAUUGAUUGAUAGAAUAAUUAGAAGAGAAGCAUUAAUUUAUUGUUUUAAAUGCCUUUGUAAUAAAAAAAAGAUACUUAAAAAGAAGAAAUUUAUUAGCUUUUUUGAAUAUGUUUAUGGAAAAGUAGAAGUAUGGGAAUAAUCUUAACAUUUAGCUUAAUAAUUAUGGAAUGAAAUUUCUUAAUAAAAUAUUUAAUAAACUAAUUUUAUUGAUAUUAGUUAAUUUUUAAAUUUACUUGAUAUUACUGAAUAAAAUACAUAAUUGUCUCUUUUAAAAAUGAAACCAUAUAAAUUUUGGAUUAUUUUCAGACAAUAUUUGAAUAAUAAGUUUAAACUUUAAUAUUUUAUAUUAGAAAAAAAAUGUAUAUAAUUAAUAUUAGUUGUAGAAAUUAUUGCAUUUGUAAAUAUUAUAAUAAAUUUUGUUGCUUAUCAUUAAAAAGUUAUAUAAUUAGUAUAUUUUUGUUCAAUAUUAGAAUCAUUUGUCUUAUUAGUAAAUGUUUUUGAGGCUUUUGCUAAAAUUAUUGUUUUAGGCGUAUAAAAAUAUUUCAAUAAUAAUAUAAAUCAAAUAGAUUUUUUAAGCAUAUUAUUUUAAUUCUUAUAUGAUAAUUAUGGUAAUAAUGUAGUAGAACAUAGAAUUAUUAAAAUGUUUAAUGCUAUAAGAUUAUUAAAAAUAAAAAAAAUAAUUAAAUUAUUAAAAUAUCUUAAAUAUAUUAGAGAUAGAAACAUAAUGCAAUAUUUUUCAAAUUUAUAUAUAAUAAUUUAAAGAGUCCAAAAAUUAAUAUCUUAAAUAUUCAUUUGUAUACCCAUAGUAUUAAGAUUUUCAAUUAUUCUUUUUGUAGCUUUUUAUAUUUAUUCAGUUAUUGGAGUCGAAAUUUUUACUACAAUUCAUCCCAGAAAGUAUAAUUAAAACUCUAAAUACACUAGUUAAAUGUGCUCUAUUUAUUAAAUUUAAAAUAAGGAAAAUUAAGAUUUUGAUUCUUGUAGUUAUGCUAAUUUUAAUUCUAUUUAAGGCGCUUUUUUAAUUUUACUUUAGGUUUCGAUUUCAGCAGGAUGGAGUUAAAUUUAAUUUGAUUAUGCUUAUAAAUUUGAUAGUUUUUUUUUAAGUUUAUUAUAUUUUAAUACUUUUAAUUUUUUUUCUAUAUUUAUUCUUUCUUUAAUAAGUGGUAAUAUGUGGGAAAUAUUUAAAUUAAUAGGUAAAAAGGGUUCAAUUAUAUAAGAAUAUGAAGGAGAUGAUGAAAUAAAAGAUAGCAAAUGA